AUGGCUAUAACACUGACUGCACGUGAGCAAGACUUUCUUGCACGUAGCAAUGCAAUUAUUGCUGCUAUGGAUCAAUCUAAGGUUAACAACAAAACUAUUGAAGAUAACUCUACCAAGCAGUAUAAGGCAAAUAAGAAUAGACAGGGCCGUCGUUGGGAGCUGUUUAAGAUGAGUCGUCCAGCUGCGAGCUUGGCGUGUACUAAAGACCUGGAAGAUUUCAUGCUCGUUAUUGGGACUGGUAUGAAAGGCAAAAAAGGGGAUGACUUCUACUUCCGACGCCGUAAUAGAAAAGGCACAGGUCAGAACAAAGCAAAAGAACUCACUGCAGUUUACAAUUCUGUUCGGAAUGCCUGGAAUAACUUCUGCGCGUGGUGUGCAGACAAUGGGCAUCCUAUCUCUCCUGAAAUUAAGGAACAUAUGACAAAGUACAAUAAACAAUUCCUUAAGAAGGCGUUGCACCUGCGGCUUUAUGCAAGAGAAGCCAAGUUUUCCGGCGAGUUCCACUAUGGAAUUCUGAGUGUUUAUCGAUGGAGAAGAAGCCAUAUUGUGCAUGCUAAGCCAAGGGUUAGAUUUGUUCAGCAUCAUAUAACUACUACGAACUUCUAUAGCGCUGGUAGGAUUGGCGAAUUUGCGAAGUCGGAUGGAAGGGACGACGCCGAGGAAGAUUCUGGAAAUGAUGAUGAACGUGACUUAAGAGGAUUAUAUUUUAAGGACGUGUAUAUGUUUGCAAUGUUCAACAAGCAGAAGAGGAAGACGGAGCUCUGUAUCAGACUUACCAAAGACGAGAAGGGCAAGGGCGACAACCCACAAGACAGAGGCCAGUGUACAUUCUACGAAGAUCUCAAAGGCCCUCUUUACCAAAACAACUUUCUCUUUUCUCUAAGCAUGUUGCUUGCUAGAAUGCCUUUCCGGGAUUAUCAUUCCUCAGAUAGGAAAGAGCUCCUGCAAAAACUUCUCGACAUCAACAUUGCGGAAGAGCAAAGAUUUGCUCAGAUACACUGGAAGGAUGAAUUCCUUAGCAUGCCCUUCUUUGAAUGUGCAGCCAACGAUUCUGGAAAAAUAGAGAAAGCGAGUACAGUCCAUCAUAGACACAAAGAAGACUGUUAUAGCGCGGGAAUGCCUAAUCCUCCGAACUUCCACGACGUCAGAAGAUUUGGGCUUAAUGAAGCUGAUAAAAAGUACUCAGAGUCCUCUCGUAUGCGACUUGGUGGUCACAUGAAGGCUGGAAUGUUCCGCGGACACUACCAGCCCAGAGAGACGAUCGACGGCGCUGCAAAUUUCCUUGGAUUACAAGCGCGAGACGACGUCCUCGAGAUUAGCCAGCAGCUGAACAUUCCCUAUAUUCCCAAUCUCCUACAGUCUUUACCAGCGGAAAAGCUCUACAAGCUUCAGAAAAGCGAAGAAUAUCAGGAGCUGCAGGCAAAGAUUAAGAUUGAGACAUCAGCUCGAGAAGUUAAUAAGCUGAAGCGGCGGAUCGAAACACUAAAGUUAGAGGAACUAAAAUGGCUACGUGCUGCGCAGGAGUUCAAUGAUGCGCCCCGUUACGAACAUGAGAUCUAUUCUCGGGUGAGAUUCAUGUUCUCAGCUGAGCGGCGCCGUCUGGAGAUCAACCUCUUUGAAGAAGUUGAGCUGAGGAGUGCAAUAGGCAUACAGACGAUUUUGGACUUGACUGCCUACUACUUACAACCCAGGGAAGUCCUGUUCCGGCCCGGCUUGGAGCCUUCUUUAUGCUAUUGUUCAGGAAAUCGAGCAUAUGACUGGAGACAUAUAUACGAAUGUCAUCGGGUUUCAAAGUCCCGGAUUCACGGAUUUGCAGAUUUUUGCUUCCUAUGCAAUAUCUGGGUCUAUAACCAGGAUGAUUGGGAAAUUCACUGCCAAUACCAUGUCGACGAUCUUGAAAACUUCCCCGUAUGGGUCGACCCACUGAUUUAUGACGGAGUUUUGGCAGCUCCAGGGUUUUGCGAGUGCUGCUUAAUCAACCCUCAGUUGCCUGCUUGUGAGCGCAUGCGUCAAUGGAAAUGGCGCCACACAUGGUCUGAACAUUAUAUGGAACAUUUCAAUAAUCCUUUGGCUGAGAACAAAUGUCGUCACGGAUCAUUCGAAUCCAUUCUGGAAUUUAAAUUUCACCUUUAUGACCAUCACGGUGUCCGGAUACCCAAUCUCUGGAGUGACACCAAAGAGAGCAAAGAGCGCCUACGAACUCCGGAUCUACGCUCAAAUCAGCGUGUGCAACAGGUGGUUCCAAAGAAAGAAGAGAAGGACGAUGUGCAAUUCCAGUUUCACAAUUUCACAGUCAAUUCCAUGGCCAUGAGCCAACCAAAGCGACAAGGCUCGUCCUCUGGACAGAUCUCACCUAAAUCGGGCGUAAGCAGUCCAUACCAAAACCAGCUGUCCAGCGACAAUGAUGUCGACUUUGUUGACAAUGAUAAUCUGAAAGCGGAACCGCUUGAGGGAAGUUUUUCUCCUCGGCCGACGACUUCAGAGGAUCUAUAUGCAAGUAAGGAUGACCAACAUAUGGAUAUCAACGAGCCGAGUACAAUUGAAAUCAUAACUGAAGAUGAUGGCACUUCUUGUCCAUGCUACUUAAGUGAUAGUAUGACAAUAACUGAGGCAGGAAUAUCAACUCAGGAUAUUUCGAGCUCAGAGUCUGUCUCGAUCGGUAGUGAUGAUUUUCCAACUACGGAAUAUGUGUUGUCCUUGCCUCUGAGUCAACUUAAGGAGGAGGUACUUGAGAACAUAUAUUUGACAGACAUAGACGGCCAAGACGAUAAUGAUUACCGAAUACCCUAUUGCAAUGACUCGGGUUACGAUUACCUUGGAAGCUGUGUUUCUACAGGGCAUGUUAUUUUUGCUAAUCACAUAAGCUGUUUCGAAGAGGCAAGAGAUAAAGAUGAUAUGAAUGGGUUUGGUCUGGACCUUGCUCGAAACUAUCAUCUAAGAUCUAGAUCAACUAGUCAUCAGGGGCUUGUCGAAAAUACCCUGUCUGCCAUUGAUCCAGCCUUGAUUAAUCCCGAGGACAAAUGUUUGGCCAAUGCAGAGGUUAUGCGUGCUGCUACCAUAACCGACACGAUCGUCAACAAGCUGGACACUGAAAUGGAGACUAGCACAAAGGCAGAGGAUGAAGAAUUCAACGUUGAAGCAAUCGUCGGGCAUAAGGUGAUCAACGGAAUACACUAUUAUAGGCUAAAUGCCAGGAGCUGUUAG